GGGAGUGCAUAACAAUAAUAUAUAUUGAUUGAUCAAAGAGGAUUCACCAAGAAUUUCCGAAGGAUUUGGUAAAGACCCCACAUUUUAUACUACUACAAGAAUUUGAUCACGGUUGGAUUUCUCUCUCGAUCAGCCUAUAUAGAAAGUAUAACGUCACGACACCAAAAAAGGUACCCCCAAUCGACAAAAAGAGCACACGCAGUUCAGUGUGAAGAUCAUUUUUAAGAUUUCAAUUUUGUCACAACCCAAAGAAUUGAAGAUAAUGAUCAAUGGAGGAUCAGGAUUCACCACCCAAAAGCACACCAGGUUCAUUUUAUACUCCCCUGCUGAUUUCCAUGAUCGGAAUAUUGUCCACUAGUAUUGCUCUAGUAGUUUACCACUUUGUUUUGGUCAAGUUCUGUUGGAGGAGGCAACAAGCGAGGGCCGCCGCCGCCGCCGAAGUGGCACAGGCGGCUGCCGCGGCACCUCCGGAAUUCCCGGUCACGGCGACCGGUGUGGACCAGAAGCUUCUGGAAACAAUCCCGAUUAUUGCUUACUCAAUCGAUGAACAAUGCCAGGGUACAUUUUUGUUUCGCAAGGAUCAAACAGAAUGCGUAAUUUGCUUGGGAGAAUUGGAACACGGGGAAAUGGUGCGUUUAUUACCGAAUUGUAAUCACGCGUUUCACGUCCCCUGUAUUGACGAAUGGUUCGUGGGCCACAUCAGCUGCCCAAUCUGUAGGUCUCCGAUUGUCUCGGUGGACCCGCCGGUAGCCGAUCACGACGUCGAAACGCCGCCGCCGCCACCUCCGCCGCUGCCGAGAUCGUGUUUUGAACGCGGCGACGGUGCGGGUUUCCCGUUUGGAAAUUACAAUGCAGCACAAACCGCCGCCGCCGGCGGAAAUAAUAACGACGCUUCCACUUCAUCACAACCAUUAACCCGGCUCCUCAGCCGUGGAUUGUCGAUGCUGCCGAUCGAGAGGGGCCCAUCGCCGCCGUCGUCGACACGUGGACUCGCCGGGUUGAGGAGGUCGGUGUCACUGGGUCAGCCUUCCGUAAUCAUAAACAUACCACAAGAAUUCAGGGGAAGUAGUUUUAGUGGGAGAGGUUGUUCACCGUCCUCGCCGACUUCUUCGUCAUCUUCGUCUUCCAUAACAACCACUAAGGACGACGUGGCAGAAAGUAGUAGAACAACCGGGCCGCUGUCGAUGAAGCAUUUGGAUCGUGUCUCCUACAAAUUACGGAUGUCCUUUUCUCGAUUGCGUAUGGGGAAAAAUACUGAUAAUGUUGUUCUUCCUUUGUAAAAUAAAACAAUCCUCUUUCUGUUUUUUUUUUUUUUUUUGCUUUUCGUACGUAAUUAGCCUUUGAUUGAAUUGAUUAAUCAUUAAUAACAGCAAAUCCAUGAUUGUGGAUUGUUAUUUAUUCAUG